AUGGCCCUGUGCAUCGCCGCUCACAGGAAGACGACAGCAGGCGUCUCGGUGGACGCCAACCAAGUGCUGCGGGGGGAGGGCUUGGCGCUGGCGAACGUCCCAAUGGAGCAGGAUCGAGUCUAUUUCGAAGUGCAUGUCGUGGAGCCUGGCCGCCUGCUGGUAGGCGCUGCCAGAGGGACGGCGGGUGACUCCGCAUCAUGGUCGGGUGCCGACUACGACGAUCUGCUCUCGCAGCAACCCCCCUCCUCACGGUCCUUCGUCGAGUUCGGCGGCCCCGAUGGCGUGGCGGUGGAGAAGGACGAUGUCAUCUCCUGCGCCUUCGACCAGUCUGAUUUUCCAACUUCCUUUGAGGUAUUUUUGAACGGCGCGCCUCUUCGAGACCAGACGCUGACAGGUGAAGCGCACUCCGAUUCGGUCCUCUGA